AUGCUGAAACUGCUCACGCUGUUCUGCGUGCUCUACACCGUCCAUGGCUUGGUCCUCCCGGCCACCAGUAAGUGUUCAUAGUCCUCCUUCCCCUCACACGUUUCUUUUCUUCUCCAGUGCUCGCCAGCUACACGGAUGACUUUGCCCGCAACAAGAUGCUCGCGCUCGCGUCGGCCGCCUACGCCUCCAAUCCCCAACACUGUCUCGAUUCGAAGUUCACCAACGCCCAGCUGAAGCGUCAGAUUUACGUGAAGAAUUGCGCGCUGCUCAGCAACGACGUGUGCUCCGGCUACACGGCCGUGCUUCACGACGACAAGGCGAUCGUGGUCAGCUUCCGUGGAACUCAGGGCUUCCUCCAACUGAUUUCGGAGGCCAACAAGAGUGUUUUCGAGAGUCAGAUGGCUUGGGUGGCCGGAGGAAAGGUGUCCAAGUACUUUGGAGACGCAUUCACCAAGGUUUGGACGUCGGGAAUGAAGGACGACUUCGCCGCGCUUCUCGCUCAGAAUCCCGAUUAUGAAGUUUGGGUAAGAUAACACUAUUUGCAUUGUGUCGAAUUGCGUCAGCGAGCGAUACGAUAAGAAGUGCCAUCUUUUGCCACAGAAGUCACAAAAGAGCUUGUUCAGGUGGCUGGCCACUCUCUCGGAGGAUCGCUCGCUUCCCUCGCCGCCUCCUACGUCAUCGGCACGAAAGUCGUCGACGGAUCGCGCGUGAAACUCGUCACCUACGGAGAGCCACGCACCGGAAACAAGGAUUACGCGCACGCGCACGACGCCCAACUCGCCUUCUCCUACCGUGUCACCCACAAUCGCGACGUCGUGCCACACGUUCCGAACGAGGACUACAUGGGAUACUAUCACAACAAGUACGAGGUCUACUACCGCGAGACGAUGAAGGCCGGCGCCAAGUACACGCUGUGCGACGGCGAUGAGGACAACAGCUGCUCGGACGGACUGUGGAUCACCACUUCGAUCGACGAUCAUUUGCACUAUUUCGAGCACGAUGUCAGCGAUUGGGGAGAGAAGGGGUGCAACUGA